CAGUGCUUUUUCUCAUUGAUUGGUAGGCGAUGGCAAUUUUAUUGCGUCAUUAUGUUACACUCUAGUUGCCUUCACGACAGAUUAACGCAACCCAUCGGCGCUACUAAAGGGAGGCCAGCCAAGUAAACGCGCUCAGUCUAUGCAUUCUAAUCUGAAUGUGGUGGAGCUAUGAGAAGAGCAGUGCCAUUGGAUUGCAUUCGUCUGUGCCAUAGCUUUUGUAGAGAGACAAGCCAACUAAAUUCACCUUAUAAUAAUCUUAUUAUAAGGCUUCGACUAUUUGUAUUUUACGCAAAUUUGGAUUAAUCUGGAUUGAUCGGAUAUUAGUGACUAUUAUUGUUGAUUAUUAUCCUUUUAUUAUUAUUUCUAUUUGCAUUAUACAUUAUUUUCAACUCCAAAUUGCAACGCCAUAAUUGUCUACUACAGUUUCCAAGCGGAAUGAGCCUGUUUUGUACCUCCUGAGGAUACAAGGCUUGAGUCUGGAUUCAUGUUCGGAAAAAUGAAGUUAAAGUUUUUUUCCGGUGGGCUCUAUACGACCACCUCUAGCCUACAACUCCGUCGGCAGUUGAUAUUGCCAAUUGAAAACGUGAUGCUGUAGCCUAUUGUAGUUCAUUGACGGUAGAAAUGUUAUAAUUGUUUCUCCAUGUGAGACAUUCUCGAAUGUGGAUCACAGAAAACGAUGUAUACCGAGGCGGCUAAUUUAAAUUUCAGCUCGAAUGGAAGCAUCGACGAUCCACUGAGCUCUCUGGAUCAAGAAUGGAACGAGCCCCCGGCGAAAAGACUGUCUCGGACGGGACACCAUGUUAUGUCCGUCUUCCUUGGAUCUAUUAUGGUUUUUGGUUUCAUCAAUAACCUGGUGGUAUUGAUCCUGUUUAUUAAGUUCAAAACUCUGCGGACUCCUGUGAACAUGCUUUUGCUGAACAUCAGCGUGAGUGACAUGCUGGUGUGCCUCUGUGGCACCACGCUCAGCUUCGCCUCCAGUCUACAAGCACGCUGGCUGUACGGGAAGCACGGGUGCAUGUGGUACGGCUUCGCCAACUCUUGUUUCGGAAUUGUGUCGCUAAUCUCGCUGGCCUUCCUCUCCUAUGACCGCUACAGCACCUUAACUGUGUACAACAAGCGGGCCCCCGACUACCGCAAGCCUCUGCUGGCUGUGGCGGGCUCUUGGCUCUACUCCCUGUUCUGGACAGUGCCCCCCCUGCUGGGCUGGAGUAGUUACGGCCUGGAGGGGGCCGGGACCAGCUGCUCGGUCACCUGGACAUCCCAGACUCCCCAAUCUCACUCCUACAUCAUCUGCCUGUUCAUCUUCUGUCUGGGGCUGCCUGUGCUGGUCAUGGUCUACUGCUACGGGAGGCUGCUCUACGCUGUCAAACAGGUGGGGCGGAUCCGUAAGUCGGCGGCGCGGCGGAGAGAGUUCCACAUCCUGUUCAUGGUGAUCACCACGGUGGUGUGUUACCUGCUGUGCUGGAUGCCCUACGGCGUGAUCGCCAUGAUGGCCACCUUUGGACACCCGGGCCUCAUCACCCCCAUCUUGACCGUGGUGCCCUCCAUCAUGGCUAAGAGUAGCACCGUCAUCAACCCCCUCAUCUAUAUACUCAUGAACAAACAGUUCUACAGGUGUUUCCUGAUCCUGUUCCACUGCAAACGGCCCAGUUCUGAGAACGGCGUCUCCUCCAUGCCUUCCAAGACCACCGUCAUCCAGCUCAACCGCCGGGGUCACAGUAACAACGUAGCAGUCACGCCCCAGCUCUCCACCUGCGCCAACCACCAUCCCCACACAGUGGAGUGCAGCACUAACAACCGUGAAGUCACCACCCCAGUCUCCGAACAGACCAGCCCAGACCCCAACCAAGAGAUCACCUCCUGUGGACAGCCGCCUACCCCCCUCACUACCCCCCGAAGCCCUUCUCAACCCACCCCCCCUUUCCCCCACGUGACAAACGCUAUCCAGUGAUCCACUGUGUUAUGAUAGUGUCACCACCGAGAACUCUACAGAGGAUGUGGUGUUAACCCUGACAUUUGUCAUUUGGUGUCGCCCCCGCCCCCAAAAAACGGUCUACACAGUGAUCUCUCAUGUGGCGUCACCCAACAACUCUCCAUAGUGAUUUGUCAUCAUGAAAACGCCUCAGACUACCCAUAAAGUGAUCCAUCAUGAGUCAUUGGGUCACCAGAGAACUCUUCUAUACAGACAGUGACCUAAUCCACAAUGUUACUCAGACAGAACUAUCAAUAUCUUCUACUAACAAAGUGAUCUAUUCCAAGUAGUCAUCACCCCAGAAACUAACCUGUGAUCUAUUAUCUUAUUUAAACAGGAUAUCCCAACUGGCGGCCUACAGGUGGAUUUAUUUGGCCCCGCAAGUUCAUAGCAAAAUACAUAAUAUAUAUUGGAAUUUACAUUGUUCGACGUAAGACUAAAAACACCAUGAAAUCAGCUCCAAUUGAUUUAAAGUUUUGAAAUGAUUAUGCUUUAGUAAAUGUUAUCGGUUUUGGCUUCUACAGCAAUUAUGUUCUGUCCCCCCGCCCAUCCGCUCAAGAAAAAAAUAAAUACGUCGGCCCGCGGCUGAAUCUAGUUGAUGAUCCAUGUAAUAGAAGGUGUGUCAACCGCCCCGACCCAGCUAGAUGGUCAACUGUUACUUUGUCACUCAGUAAAAUGUGUAGAUAUCUUCCUGUCAAGUCUUGCCAUGAGAACGCAACAGUGUGGUGGUGUUUACUUAAAAAUAAAAACUUGUAUUUUUCCUCAACUUUGGUUUUCAUAUUGUUACACGUUACGUCGAUAAUACAACUCUGGGGUCUAAGACUGCAGCGGCUUUAGUGUUGUCAUUACUGUUACAGUACCUAAAAGGCUUUUGUCAUAACUGUUAUACACAGAACCCAACCCGGCUGCGCCAUCGUGCGCUAUGUAUUUUGCCCCCCACACCAAAUGCGAUCACGACACGCAGGUUAAAAUAUCAAAACAAACUCUGAACCAAUGACAUUCAUUUGGGGACAGGUCGAAAAUCAUUAAACAUGAAUGGCAAUUUAGCUAGUUAGCUUGCACUUGCGAGCUAACGUUCAUUUGUCCGAUUUAGCUAGCUUGCUGUUGCUAGUUAAUUUGUCCUGGGACAAACAUUGAGUUGUUAUUUUACCUGAAAUGCACAAGGACCUCUACUCCGACAAUUAAUCCAUACAUAAAACGGCCAACCGAAUC